AUGUCUGCUUAUUCCAAUUCGCAAGGACUAUGCAAAUACGCCGAACUACUGUUCUGGGUUAACUUGUUGGUGUUCUGUGUUGCUGUACGAUCUGAAGAUGUUCGUAGUAAGCAGCAAGCAUUCGGCUGCUCUAACUUCGGAAUGACCGACUCUACCAGGCUGCUUUUCCUGAACGCUCACAACGACGCCCGAUUGAGUGUGGCAAAAGGAUUGGAGCCAAACAAGUGUGGAUUCUUGCCAGCAGCAAAGAAUAUGUACAAAUUGCAAUGGGACUGCUCUAUGGAACAGAACGCCCAAAAUCUCAUCGCUUCUUGUCCACAGUGGACGAAAACUUCAGGAGGUCUGGCUAGGAACUUUUAUAGUACGUACAUAAAUCCUGCAUCAAAUCCGUCCGUAGUCAUCGCCAGCAUCCUGUCGCGAUGGUGGGGAAGUGUGCGUGCAUAUGGAAGCAUGGAUCCUGAGAAUAAAUACGUCAAUCCAGCGCUUUACCACUUCGCUAAUAUGGUUCACUCAAAGACCACCGGUAUCGGAUGUGCUUACAAGGUUUGUGGCGGAACCAGGCUAACAGUUAUGUGCUUAUACAAUAAAAUUGGAUAUUACACAAACAGUGUUAUGUGGGAGAAGGGUAAUGCAUGCAGGUCGGAUACCGACUGCACCACGUAUCCCGGAUCGUCAUGUUCUGAAGGCCUUUGUGUCAAGGAGCUAGAAAAACCUGAUCCUGGUACAAAUGCAAUGUGUCCAUCAAAUGGAAACAUGACGGAUGCCGCCAGGCGGAAGUUCCUUGAUCUGCACAAUUUUUUCAGGUCUCGUGUGGCCAAAGGUCUUGAACCGGACGCUCUCGGAGGAAACGCCCCUAAGGCUUCAAAGAUGCUGAAAAUGGUCUACGACUGCGACGUUGAAGCAUCCGCUAUUAGACAGAGUCGAAAAUGUGUCUACGGGCACUCUACACCGGCCGAACGCCCAGGAUUGCGUGAAAACAUCUAUAUGUCUUCAAUCUUAAAUGUUGACAGAGUUAACAUUGCAACCACGGCAUCGCAGGAAUGGUGGGACGAGCUCAAGAACUAUGGUAUCGGACCGGAGAACAAGUUGACAGAAGAACUAAUGAACAGGCCGCGCAUGGAUAUUACUCAUUACACUCAGCGCAACUCUUGUGUGAAUCACCUGAUCUACCCAUGA